AUGCAUAAGGUAUCUCUUCAAAUCAAUGGGAGUUAUGCCCAGAGAGUUCUUACAGCAUGGAGCUCUUCAUCAGAGAAGUCUUUGAACAGCACAGCCCCUCAAGAUACCAUAAGAGAGGCAAAAUCCAACCAACCAGCCAGCAUGGAAAAUGGGGGCUUUACUAACGUCUAUGAAAAUGUAGAGAACACUGGCCUCUAUGAGAUUCCUGAUUCAGACGAGGCAAAAGAGGAGAUUCCUGAUUCAGACGAGGCAAAAGAGGAGAUUCCUGAUUCAGAGGAAGCAAAAGAGGAUCAUCUUUAUGAGCAAGUCCAUGAAAACCAAACAUCUCCUUCUUCCACCACCACUCCAGAAAGCAUGGACAUCAGCCGCAGUAAUUCUGUGUCAUCUCAGCAAGGAGCUGAUGGGGAGGAUGAUUCAGCUUCCUCUCAGCAAGGGGCUGAAGAGGACCAGCAUCGCCAGGAAGAGAUGGAGAUGAUGAGCCCAAGGCCCAGUGAUGAACGUGUAGAGAGGAUGGUGUUUGGAAAUAAAAUCCCAUCUCCUACUGGAUUCAGUCUUCGUAAGAGCCCGGUCACUUCCCCCACCUUCCCAACUUCCACCAGAUUUCCAGCUAACAACAACUUGGGAGAAACUGACAACUUUCAGAAGGAGUGUGAGAUUUUCCUCUUUGUUAAGGCUGGUAUAGAUGGAGAGAGUAUUGGGAACUGUCCUUUUUCACAGCGUCUCUUCAUGAUCCUCUGGCUCAAAGGGGUUGUGUUUAAUGUCACCACAGUUGACCUGAAAAGAAAGCCAGCUGAUCUACACAAUUUGGCCCCUGGGACUCACCCGCCGUUCUUGACUUUUAAUGGAGAGGUCAAGACUGACAUCAACAAAAUCGAGGAGUUCCUGGAGGAGAUGCUUGCACCUCCAAAGUACCCCAAGUUGGCUGCUGCACAUCGUGAAUCAAACACUGCAGGGAUAGAUAUCUUCUCCAAAUUCUCUGCAUACAUAAAAAACACCAAGCAGCAGGACAACACCGGCCUUGAGAGAGGUUUGACAAAGGCUUUAAAGAAGCUGGAUGACUAUCUGAACACCCCUCUCCCUGAAGAAAUCGAUGCAGACAGCACUGAAGAGGAGAAAGUGUCUAAACGCAAGUUUCUGGAUGGGGAUGAGCUGACGCUUGCUGAUUGCAACCUUCUGCCCAAACUUCAUGUUGUUAAGAUUGUAGCUAAGAAAUACCGCAACUAUGAGUUCCCAACAGAGAUGAUGGGGCUAUGGCGAUACCUGAAGAAUGCUUAUGCCAGGGAUGAAUUCACCAACACCUGUGCUGCGGACAAAGAAAUUGAGCAAGCUUAUGCAGAUGUGGCCAAGCGGCUCAGCAAAUCCUAA